UUUUGAGACCUAUAUAUAACCAAAUCAGCUCAGAUUCUCUCAAACCAAAAAUUCUCGAAACCGAGAAACAUUACAACUAAAUCAAUCACAACCAUGGCGACCACUACUCCAACCUCCGAACCCAUCCAAUCCAAUCCAUCGGUGUACCUCCAAAACUCCGACGAGCUCAAGAAAGUCUUCACCCAAUUCGACACCAACGGCGACGGCAAGAUCUCCGUUUCCGAGCUCGGCAACGUUCUCAAAGCCCUCGGCACCUCCGUUGCCUCCAAGGACCUCCAGCAAGUCAUGGAAGAACUCGAUUCCGACCACGACGGCUUCAUUUCGCUCGAAGAGUUCGCAGCCUUCUGCCGCCAGAGCUCAGAAGACGGCGGCGCCUCCGAGCUUAAGGAUGCCUUCGACCUCUACGAUCAGGAUCACAACGGCCUCAUCUCCGCCUCCGAGCUCCACCAAGUUCUCAGUCGCCUCGGCAUGAAUUGCUCGGUCGAAGAUUGUCAUCGGAUGAUCGGAUCCGUCGAUGCCGACGGUGACGGCAAUGUCAAUUUCGAGGAGUUCAAGACGAUGAUGACUAAUUCCAUGGCCAACGGUAGCAACAAGGGCUCCGCGAUUCACUAGAUCUCAACGGUGGAUCUUCAUUCGGGUAAGCACAUUGGUUUUAGUGGUGCUCGUUUAAGAUCCUUUUGGCUCUUUGCUAGGGUUAUUACAUUAGAUUUUAUAGCUAUCUCUGCAAAAGAACAAAAAUUAGUAGCUCAAGUAGAAGAUAAGAUAUGGCCAUGGAUCGUUUCAAAUUCGCUAGUGAUUCCUCUCUGUUUGUCAUUGGUCUAUAUUGUACCACUAAAUCGCAAAAGCCAAAUCUGGUUUAUCUUGUUUGUGUUAAAAUUUUCCCGAGAAAAUCACUUUCGUUCCAGCUUUCUUUUCUCGAA